GUAAGAUAAAAUAAACACCAAGUUACGAUGAAUAAACGAAUAUCACAUAUAUAAUAUUACCCACCACAUUUCAACAUUUUUGAAAUGAAGAUAAGGAUGAAUAUGAAAAGAGAGGAUGAUACUAGGCUAAACUAUUCCCAUUCUUGGGCUAUAGUUUUAAUCCCGAAUUAGACCAAAAAGUCCCCUGAACUUAUUAAGCGCCCGUUACUUCAGACGGCUCCGAAUUUCGGGUCCCCGAUUUACGCUAUAGAAAGACUAUUAGGUAUUCUUUACCGAGGCAGGUUUUAAUGCUUUCGGGUACCAGCGCGGGCGGAUAUUGAAGGUGCUAAGACCGCGGAUAGUUGAGGUAAUAGCAUACAAACGUCAUUCUUGAGCUCCCUUCUUCCCGAGACUGUGAACUCUAAAGCCAUAGUUUAGUCCCGUCCCGUUUCGUCCCGCCUUGUUUCGCCUUGUUUCACUGCUCGAUGUCUCGGCUGUCCCUGAACUAGGUCAUACCCCGCUAUUAGAAGAGACUGACUCAACACUAUAACAUCGUAGCGUUUGCUUCAUCAAAGAGAAAAAACAAAAUAAAUCAAAACAAAUCAAAUCACUUUGUUAAGUCUGCGGCUGCUCAAAAUGCCUCUCACUACGCCGUCACUGUUCCCUCCAGCAUCACAUGUCUUCUCCAAAUUCCCAAGUCGGCGGAGUGUAGUUCACAGCACUAAAGGCAUCGUAUCGUGUACGCAACCACUCGCAGCAAAAUGCGGUAUCGAAGUUUUGGAAGCCGGCGGUAAUUGCGCGGAUGCAGCUGUGGCUGUCGACAAUGUAGCUGCUGGGCUCAACAUGACGGAGCCAUGCUCAACAGGCAUAGGCGGCGACAUGUUCUGCCUCUUUUACGACGCCAAGACCAAGAAGAUCUCGGCUAUGAACGGCUCUGGGCGCUCGGGUAACAAGUGCACGCUCGAGACCAUCCGCAAGGCGCUUGGCAUCAAAGACGGCGAAUUUGGUAAGAUCCCUAUGAGCAGCGUGCAUGCCGUUUCCGUGCCCGGCGCCGCGGCAGGGUGGUGCGAUACGGUCGAGCGAUUCGGCAGCGGAAAGUUGUCCUUGGCGCAGAUCCUCGCACCCGCCAUCGAACUCGGCGAGAAAGGCUUCCCUGUGUCAGAAGGAGUCGCGUACUACUGGAAUGAAUCAGAAGCGCAAAUAAGGGGUGCUUCUCCGAAUGGUGGCGAGAUGCUCAAGAAGGAUCCUGGCGCGCAAAACGGCGUGCGUGCUCCCCGGGCAGGGGAAAUCAUGAAGAACCCGAAUUUGGCCCGCACGUUCCGAACCUUGGCGACUGAAGGCAAGAAGGGAUUCUACACCGGCCGCGUAGCGUCGGAACUUGUGAAAGUAGUCCAGGAUCUCGGCGGCUUUCUUGAACUCGACGAUCUGGCCUACCACCUGGAGAAGGGUAGCGAACCUGUUGAGCCUAUCUCGCUCAAGUUCCGAGGGCAGAACGUUCGGGAGCUCCUCAAAGACAAGAUUCUAGGCGGAGGCGAGGGGCAGGAUGUUGGCCUUGAACUGUGGGAACAUCCGCCCAACGGCCAAGGUAUCGUAGCUUUGAUAGCGUUGGGCAUUAUCCAAGAGCUUGAAGCGGCGGGCAAAAUCCCGACGUGGAGUCCUGCCGACUUCAACACAGCGCCAUAUCUACAUGCUAUUAUAGAGGCCCUGCGCAUCGCCUUCGCUGACGCCAGCUGGUUCGUUACCGAUCCUAACGUCACGAAGGUACCCACGGCGGGACUGAUCGCACAGCCGUACCUAGCAGAACGUGCUGCGUUAUUCAACCCGGACCAGGCAUCCCAAGCAACAGACCACGGCUCGCCAGCGCUACAGAGCAGCGACACGGUCUACUUCGCGGUGUCCGACUCGGAAGGCAACGCCAUCUCCUUCAUCAACAGCAACUACGGCGGGUUCGGGACGUGCAUCGUGCCCCAGGGAUGCGGGUUCACAUUGCAGAACCGGGCGGCCAACUUCUCGCUCGACGCAACCCGGCCGAACGUGCUAGAGCCGCGAAAACGGCCUUACCACACCAUCAUCCCGGCGGCGGUAACCAACCUGCACGACAGCAGCCUGCACAGCGUGUUUGGCGUCAUGGGCGGGUUCAUGCAGCCCCAAGGGCACGUGCAAGUGUUGCUCGGGCAGAUCGUAGGCCAUCUCAGUCCGCAGCAGGCUCUCGACGCGCCGCGCGUGUGUAUCGGCUCGGGCAUGAGCCAGGGCGGUAAGGGAGACCUUACCGUGUUCAUAGAGGAGGGAAUGCCUGAUGAGACCGUAGAAGGUCUACGGAAGCUAGGCCACAAAGUUAAGGUUGUGAGGGAUAUGGGAAGGGCCCAGUUCGGCCGUGGUCAGAUCAUCCGUUGGAGCAUCGACCCCGUCGAGAACGUGGGCGUGUGGUCUGCCGGUAGCGAUCCGCGGGGAGAUGGCGGAGCAUAUCCGUUAUGAAACUUACGUACAAGGUCCUAGGUUAGGUAGCUGUCAGCUUUAUAACUGUGGCUUAUGGU